AUGGACGGCGAGGUGCCGGAGUACCGUGCUGCCGGGAUGGGCGGCGACCAAGACACGCUGACCAUCGACGACUACUACUUCACGCACGAGCUGCUCGAGGUGCUGCGGCACGACGACGAAAAGCAGCCCGCAUCGUGGUCGCCGGCGCCGACCGAUAACACGGCCAGCGAGGCCGACAUGGCGUCCUGGCUCUGCGAGCUCUUCCAGCAGCACGAUGGCUGCCAGGUGACCACCAAGUCAGGAGGAAGCAGCGGCAGCGGCCGUGGUACGCCGGCGGCCAGCUGCAAGCUGGUUUCCAGCAGCGGCCGGAGAAGAAAGUCUGCUUCCGGGAAAGCCGCUGAACAGAGGCGGCGGGACAAGAUCAACGACAAGAUGAGGACUUUGCAGCAACUCAUGCCCACAUGCACCAAGACUGACAAGGCUUCAACGCUGGAGGAGGUGAUCCAGUACAUUAAGUCACUCCAGUACCAGAUGCAGGUGCUGUCGAACGGAUACGGUGUGCCGACGGCAAUCUCGCCGCCGUCAGGGAUGGUGUCCACGACAUCCAUGCAGCCUGUCAGAGAUGCCUUCGGUGGGCGCCGGGCGACGUCUGUAGCUCUUCCUCCAUACCCGUUUUCCCCGACGGCGUUUGCUUGCCCUCACUAUGGUAACGGCAUGCCGCUGCCGGUGCCAUAUCGUGAUCAAAUUGGGUCCAUGUACGCUGCACAACAGCUUGCUCAUCGACGGCAACAGACUUGAGAAACUUUUCUGUCGGAAAAGAUGGAAUUAAUCAGCAAGGCGUAGUUUCUUUUUUUUUUUAAGUUGUCCUCGUAAGCUGUAUCAUGUGAAGUUUUUGUGCGUUGAUGCGUGGGGUCAACCAUGUAGUCCGAUCAUGUUCACCUCAUUCAUCAAACUUGUAGGUGUGAUACAGUUGUUGUUGGAAAGAUGGCUUUAAGUUGAUUGUUGUAUUCAUUUUGUCAGCUUUGUUGAAUAAAAUAAUAAAAAUGUUGUGUGCAUCA